AGCUGUAGACUCAGGGUGGUGGUGUUGGGGGCGGUUGGGAUUUGGGCAUGGCAGAGGACUGACUUUUUCCAGACUAAGGCGUGUUCAAUAAAUCUUUUACCCAGGAUACUGCAGACAAUUGGCUCCAAAGUUCAAGGGUAAAAUAUCCAGGAGCGAGGUGCGCACAGACGAGGAGCAGAAGAGGACGAGUAAAAAGGAGAAGUGUCAAGGAACAAACGCAGUCAAGACAAAAUAUGGCUGAGAGCACGAGUCCAAAGAGCAGCUCUGGUGACUUUGCUAAAAAAGUCCAAAGACGGCUGAGCAGAGGCAAAGAAAAGGUGCUGCAAAGGCUGGGGAAGACCAUGGAGAGCAGAGAUGAGGAAUUUGAACAGUCUCUCAGACAGUUUAAUGACCAGCAGACUGAUGGGAACCGAAUGUACAAAGACCUGAGGAACUAUAUCAAUGCAGUCAGAGACAUGCGUGAAGCCUCGAGACGCCUCAACCAGUCUCUGUUUGAUUCUUACGAAACUGACUGGGCCGGAGAGGAAGAUUUAGGAGCCAUUGUAGAGGGGGAGGACCUCCUGUGGAAUGACUAUGAGGUGAAGCUAUUAGACCAGGCCGUACGCACCAUGGAGACCUACGUGAGCCAGUUCCCUGAUGUCAGGGAGAAAAUAGGUAAAAGGGGAAGGAAGCUGAUCGACUAUGACUCUUCCCUUCACCACCUGGAGGCAGUGCAGACUGCUAAGAAGAGGGAUGAUAUCAAGAUAAACAAGGCAGAGGAAGAGAAGAACGCUGCCAAAAUCGUCUACGAGGGCAUCAACAAUGAAUUAAAAGAAGAGCUGCCUGCGCUCUACGACAGCCGCAUCGGAUGCUACGUCUCAGUCUUCUCCGCCGUGUCAAACCUACGAGACAUCUUCUACAAGGAGAUGGGCACGCUCAACCUCGAUCUGCAGAAUGUGAUAAAGGAGCUGCAGGCUCAGCAUCCGGAGAAAGUGUUUGCUGUGAAGGGACUGCAGCGGUAUGGAUCCCUGAAGAGACGAUCCCUGAUGUCCCCUCGGGCCUGGAAAGCCAGCUUUUCUGAGUUCCACAGGAACUACAGUCCUAAACCAGGCCAGAGGUCUAGCCUCAAGUCUCCGGAAAAACCCCGCCACAGCACUCUGUCCAGAGAGAGCAGCUUCCUUCGGGGCUCCUCGGAAUCAUCAAUUCCCGAGAGCCCCACAUCUGAGUCCGGCGACCCGGACACAGGAACCAGCCACGGCGAGAACCACGGUUCGCCUGCAGCAGGAGAGGACACGGCAGCGGGGACGGCCGGAAACGAGCUGGGAGAAGACAUCAGUCAGGUGGAAGAGGAGAAGAAGGGCUUGAAGGAAGAGGAGUCCGAGCCUAAGCCUGCCGCAGAGUCUGACAACAAGGGAGACGGUGAGAAAGCUCCACCAAGUGAGAGCAGCUCUGAACUGAACAACUCGUGUGAUUCAGAGAGCAUAGACGAGCAGCUGUCUGCGGCGGACAACGGCCCUCUGCACAUUGAGGAAGGAGAAGACAACCCGGCAGACUUCAGCGCCGGGCUGGAGAAUGGCAAAGUCUCUGAGGUUAAGGAGCUGAGCAUUCCUCACAAGGAUGCUCCUGCAGAAAUUCAGGCAUCUACGGACUCAAAAAACACAGUGGUGUAAAGCACUCAGACUUUACAAACGAGCAGAGAAACACAGAAGAGACUGAAGUCAACAGCUGCGCGAAGGGGAAAAAAAUGUGGAGACAGCCGCACUGAAGUGUCCAACUGUGGUGUCAUGAGUGAUGGACUGUGCCUUGACUCGUCGGUGUUAGUUUUCUUAUUUAUCUUUUAUUGAAAUACAGCCUGUGCGACGCUUCAUCUGUAAUAUUUUUUGUCACAGACAUUAAUUACAAACUUGCAGGGAGUCAUUUUUUUAUUUUGCACCAGAGUAGUUAUCUUCUGUGCUGUGCUCUCUGGGCUAAACUCCAACUUCAUGUUGCCACUGAACAAAAAUGUAGUUUAUUUUAGGAAGCAGUCUUGUCGUCAGGGAUUCAUUUUAUUUGAACUUUAUCUUCCAUUUGCUUUGAAUUAAAUGUAAAGUAUGAUUAAUCCUUUUCACUCACACACUUGGAAUUUGUUAUCUAGGUGUGUCCUAAAGAUAAGAAGACAAAUCAUCGUGUAAUUCUGAAUUUCUUUUUUUUAUCACGCGUUGUUUGACUCUAAUUCUUUGAUGAAUACGCACGCCCUCGAGGGUAUAAGCUAAUGGACGGAUGUAUGUGUUCAAUAAACAUCAUUUAAUCUGAAGUUUGUCUUCAUGGUGUCACUGCCAAAGGAACGAUAGGGACAAAAAAACAACGAGC